AUGUCGCAAUGGGCCGAGAUACUGGAGGCAAACAAGGAAAACCUACCGUAUCCCGUGGAUUUUUCCGAUCAGAAACCUACAGUAUCUGACAGAAGGGAUGCUGUGCUGCCCGAAGUCGACGUUGAGGUCAACACGUUUCAUUCGCCAUUGUCACANUGUCACAAAAGUCCAGUGCAUCUGUUCAAAGCCAAGGUAAGUCUAGAUGUCGAAUUCUAUCUCACUUUCUAA